AUGACGUUGCCAGUUGGUGCGUUGAUCUCGGCCGCAUGCUCCACGGAGGCCUCCGAGAGCAGACCCGGGACUCCCCCGGGGAAGGGGUUAGGGAGACCCAGAGGUGGAAAAGAAGGAGCGAGGUCCCAGACGAGAUCAUGUACACUGGAAACGGUCCACCGGGCUGCCAUCUCCCCUCCAUCGCGAGCGCGACCUGCGGUAGAGAGCUGGAAAAUGUUCCAGAGAAAGGAGACUCUGGUGCUAAACACAGAGAUUUUCUGGAAUCUAAAGGAUGCUUUGCCAAUACAACAUCCUUCGGCAGAAGGAUCAGUUUCUCAUCUCCUGUUGAAACGGGUCCAGGUGUCAGUGAGCCUCUAGGCCUGCCCAGCCUGUCUGCUCACCUAGACACUGCUGCAGAUUUGGAUCAGAAAUCCUCCUCCUCACAUUCUGAUCUCUCCUCUGAAACCUCAUUGCCUGAAGUCCAAAAGGAUAAAUAUCCCAAGGAAUUCAGCCUGCUUAGGUUGCAGACAAAAGAUGGGCAGCGUCCGGAGUGGACGUUUUACCCGAGGUUUAGCAGCAGUAUCCACACCUACCAUAUUGGAAAGCAGUGCUUCUUUAAUGGGAUCUUCCUCGGCAACAGGAGGUCUCUGUCAGAGAGUACGGUGGACAAGAGCUUGGGGAGAAAGAAAUACGAUAUUGAUCCCAGGAAUGGAAUCCCAAAGUUAACUCCAGGGGAUAAUCCAUACAUGCACCCAGAGCAGAGUAAAGGCUUCUACAAAGCAGGAGCAACCCUCCCACCAGUGAAUUUUUCAGUAGUGCCUUAUGAAAAGAAAUUCGAUACAUUUAUUCCACUUGAGCCUCUUCCACAAAUUCCCAACUUGCCUUUCUGGGUGAAGGAGAAGGCCAACAGUUUGAAGAAUGAGAUAAGAGAAGUCGAGGAGCUUGACGAUUGGCAGCCAGCAGUGCCCUUAACACACAGCUUAUUCCCUUCUGGUGGGUUAAAGAAACUUCAAAGAAUAGCAUAAAAACUGGAGGAGUACAGAAGAGCAGGCUUUUGAGAGGCUUCACGGUGGAAAGGAGGGCAGGCAAAGCCUCUCCGGGAGCGGAUGUGUCUUCUGCCCCAAGGUCGU